AUGUGGAGCCCGGGAAUCACUCUGGCGCAGGUGCAUUCUUCUCUCAUCGAGGGUGUCUCUCUUCUGCCUAUUGUGACAAUAAGACGUGGGCCUGAUGAAAAAAGCCGAUACAAAAUAAUGGGGAACAUUGUUCGUUCAGAAGGACGGGAAGACGAGAAGCUUCCCAAGGUGAAAUUUGGGCGGUUUCUAUUCUAG